UUUGACUGACGUCCCUACGCCAGUCUGGAAACAAGUGUCGGGUCGAGUGACCGUAUGUAUUGCUGUACGCUGUUAUACUUUGAUGUAAUCGUUUGCGAAGGACGGCGACCUAAUGAGAGUGUUAAGGGCCUCCCGGCUUCCAUGAUACGACGAUAUAAAAUGACUGGUUUUUGGAAAGGGAGAGCAUAGACCUAAUAUUGCUUUGGAUGGCACAAACUCUUGUGAUCUGAAAGAAUGAGUCAUAAAUGGGCUGCAAAUACCUGGGUGAAAGUAAGCAGAUCAUUUCAUUUGUGGCAGAGACAUGCUCCAAAGUCAGCAGCAUCACCUCCCUUGUCUGGCACCUCUCACUGCAGGGUUCGCGUACUACAACCUUAUUGCAACAAGGUUGGCUAUCUCAGCUGGAGGCACAUCCAGCACCUAAGGAUCACUGGCCGCAAGGGAUGGUUCUUUAAAUCUAAUCAGUUUCGACAAAGGCUUGGUCUCCACACCAGCGCCCUGUGUUUGAACACUUCAGCCUCACGGUGGUCUGCUGGUCUGAGCCAACAAAUGUCGCGAGUCAGGAAUACACUGGACACAGUUUCUAAAGCUGUGAGCGGGACACAUACAGAUCUUCUCUCCAAAAUCGCCAGACUCAAACCCAGUGCUUUAAAGGCUGGAAAAAAGGCUGAGGCUAGUGUUGAGUCAACGCCAAAACCUGAGGAAACUUUAGUCACGCCAACUCCUGCUCCCAUUAGUGCUGCUCCCUCUUCUGCAUCUGCUACACCAAAACCCGCAUGUGACUCAUCACCUGCCAGUCCCUCUAUUCCAACUUCUGCUGCUACAUUUGAUGCAAGUGCCACUACCUCCACUCAUCUUCACAGCUCUUCCAAUGCAGCUGUCACUGCCGCAGUUCAAACUCGGUGUGAACCUAAGGAGAGAAGGCUGAGACGUGUUGUCCCCGCUGUCAAAUCCACUGUAACCAGGAAGCAAGAGGAGCUUAAACCUCCAUCGAGUGAUUCUGAGAGCAAAAGCACUGCUUCCAAACAAACCACAGCACUUUUCCAUCCCAGCACCUUUUCAGCCAACCUGGAUGAGACCUACAACUACCUGGCCCAUCACAUCAACUCAUACUUUAGCAGCAGCACAAAGACUCAGGACAAGAAAUUGAACAAUGUUGAUUCUUCCUAUGCUUCCUCUCAUGGUCAAAAAACGAGCAACCACGUAUCGGUGUCAGAUAAAACAGUCUCUGCUGCUCCAGUUAACCCACCCUCUUCCAAGAGGGGUUUAGGACACUACCUGUCCUACUCGGCUCCCACAGUACAAGCCUUUGUGGGAAGCUACAUUGCACCCCUGGUCCCCAGGUUUAGAACUGCAGAGUCCAAAAGUGCUGCAGUGGAGGUGAAGAAGUCUGAGGACGCGCCAGUCAAACAGGCUGAGGCCGCCAUAAGCAAAGAGCAGAAGGCUGCAGAGGAGAAAGCCAAGAAACUUCUGCUUCAAAGGGAAAAGAUCAUUGCCAGGGUGAGUGUGGACAACCGAACUCGGGCUCUGGUGCAGGGUCUCCACAGGGCAUCAGAUGUAAGAGUCUACAUCAACAGGGUGGAGGACCUCAGCUACCAUCUGCUGGAGUUUCCAGAGACUAGUGGUGUCGCAGUCAAGGAGAAGGUUAUCCCCUGCCUUCUGCGCCUGAAACAGGCCAGUGACCCAGGCCUGAGGGCAGCAGUCAGAGAAGCCCUCGCUCUUGUGGGCUACCAUACACCUGUUAAAGGCCGGGGCAUAAGGAUCUUGUCCAUAGAUGGAGGAGGAUUAAGGGGAAUUCUUGCACUUCAGACGUUACAGAAACUGGAGGCACUGACCGGCAAACCCAUUUACAAACUAUUUGAUUAUGUUUGUGGUGUCAGCACAGGUGCUAUACUUGGGUUCAUGCUGGGUGUGUUCCAAAUCCCACUGAACGAGUGUGAUGAUCUCUACCGGAAGUUGGGCUCAGAUGUCUUCAAACAGAACGUCAUUGUCGGCACUGUGAAGAUGGGCUGGAGCCACGCUUUUUACGACAGCGAGGCAUGGGAAAACAUCCUCAAAGAAAAAAUGGGCUCUCACCUGCUGGUAGAGACUUCAAGAAACCCUGAAUGCCCCAAGGUGGCAGCAGUGAGCACCAUUGUGAACCGGGGCACUCUGAGGGCAUAUGUGUUCAGGAACUACAACCUGCAUCCUGGGGUGCGUUCUCACUACCUGGGGGGCUGCCAGCACCAGCUCUGGCAGGCCAUCCGUGCCACAUCAGCAGCCCCCGGGUACUUCCAGGAGUUCACCUUGGGAAAUGAUCUUCACCAGGAUGGAGGGCUGCUGAUUAACAACCCCACAGCACUCGCUAUCCAUGAGUGUAAGUCUCUGUGGCCCAACACACCCUUGGAGUGUGUAGUGUCACUCGGUACGGGCCGCUUUGAAACUCCUGGCAAGAGCAGCAGCACCUACACAAGCCUCAAAACCAAACUCAGCCAUGUCAUCAGCAGUGCCACAGACACCGAGGAGGUUCACGCCAUGCUCGACGCCUUCCUCCCGCCCAACACCUAUUUCCGCUUCAACCCCUACAUGAGCGAAGACAUCUCCAUGGAUGAGAACCGGCAGGAGAAGCUCAACUUGCUUCAGGCUGAGGGCGUCCGCUAUCUGGAGAGGAAUGACGAGAAGCUGAAGAAGGUCACUCACAUUCUCACACGAGAGAAGAGCUCCGUCCACAGGAUGGCUGACUGGGCCAGGCUCAGGGCUGACAUGUACAACCUGUCGUUACGCUCGCCUAAGUUUUAGAUUCAACACAAGCCACCUUUACCUCACAUGGAAACACUUCCCGUAUUCCAAGUGGCCUGGAAUACUUUAUAUCGCGUUACCACGAUCAGUGUGUCAUCGUUGUUGACUUCUUCACCUGUAACUCUAAAGAACAUCGUGUAAAUACCCAAGUAGGUAUUGUACCCAAGUACCCAAGUAGGUAUUGUACCCAACCUACCUUUCUCCUCUGUCACACUUUACACUUGCAUCUGGCUGCUAUUGUGGUUGGCAGCACUCAACACUGCACUUUAUUGUGCUCAAAAAAGAUCCGUUAAAUGAUGUGUGGAUUGGGAACCUCUCAACUGGGAUUCAAGGUCCGCUUCACAAGCCAAUGAUUCUUGUGACUAGUUAAAAAAAAAAACAUGUUUUUGGAGACAGAGAUGGAUGGUACUUGCGUCUCUCUACAGUAAGUAUAAAGCUAUGGCCAGCAGCAGGUUAGCUUCACGUAGCAUGAAAAUUGGGAAGCAGCUGGGUGCUCUGUCCAAAUGUAACAAAAUCUACCUACUGAGCUGUUUCCCAUUUCCAGACUUUCUGCUAAGAUAAGCUGACGAGUUACUGGUUCUAACGAAUUUUUGCCGUAGAGAUAUGAGAGUGCUUUCGAUCUUCUCAGCAAACUUUCACCAUAGGAGAAAAUAAGAAUAUUUCCCACAAUGUCGAACUAUUCCUUAAAAGAUACCGUGAAGUUCUACAGUAUCCGGGGUUAGGGUUGUAUUUAAAGACUGUUUUACCAAGUGAGCACUUUUUAAUCUUUUGCUUUCCUUUUAAAGAUUUGUCAUGACAACCAGCAUAUCCUCACAAACCUGUGUUUGUAUGUUCACAGAAGGACAUGUAGAUGGGAUAUAUGUCAAAACACAGUGAUGUAAAGAAAUUACAGAAAAAAGUAUAUUCUUAUUUUCUUAUUGAAAGGUGCAACAUGUAUGAAUUGGCCACCUCACUAACUGCUAACUGUAAACAUCCAUGACUCCAGCUGCUGUUAGCUAGUUAGUCAUAGUUGGAGUACUGGGGGGAGUGUUGGUACUUAGACCGCUAACACAGGUGCGUCACAGCUUCUGAGACCAACUUAGGCCAGUUUCACAUCUGUGAAUACAUUGCUGAGGCGAUUUAAAGUGGUUCCAACAGGGACUUCAGCAUCGAGUGCGAGGGAGACAGGAGAGGCGUGUAGCGGGAGGGGAGCUAGAGAGAGGUCGGGCAUCGGAGAGGCAGGCAGCAGGAAAGACAGCAGCAUGUUAAACAAGAAUAUCAUCACAUCUAAGUCGGUGAAUUAAGGGCUCAGCUCUUUCAAACCACAGAUGGUGAUUGUUGGAACAGAGGAAAAACAAACAACAGUUUUGCUGAUUUUUAUUUUGUUGUCUGUCUGAAGUUUGAAUGGACUGUGUUUUAUGAUGAGUUAACAAGUCAGUUAAGUUUGGCUUUGUUCAGAGAAGAGAGGAAUUUGAACACAGUACGGUUGUAUUUAUCGAUUUGAUAAGGAAAAUGAGUGAAGGAAAAUUCCCUUUCGUGGCAUUUUGUAAGUUUAUUUACUUCUUUUUUUUUUUUUUUGAAAGUGAAGAGAAGUCACAAAGUCGCCAGUCGCACAAACCUCCCAGCUGAAGCUAUCAGACUACCUUCUCUUGAGACAAGACAGGCUCGGGCUAGAAGGUUAGCAUGCUUACUUCAGUAUCUCUGCAGGCAAAUACAAAGAUGAUCGAUGUGAUGUCAAAACUUUCACUUCUUUUUCUUCAAUUUUUGAAUGUUUUAAACCAAAAUUCUUACAUAUUGCACCUUCAACGGUUUAAUCAAAGUUCAAUUUGAGCGCCUAAUGCAAGUGUUUCUCAGUUUUAAUGACUAAAAUUUGCACAUCUGACAAUGCAGCUAAUGGUCAGCUGUGGAACUGUAUACUAAUAAUAGUGACAUUGGUACAAGGGACACACCUCAAGCAUUACAGUAUUGCAUACAUUGUAUCUAAAUGCAUGUUAUAUUUAAGAUUAUAAACACAAUGACGAAUCAGUAUCUAGUAAAAAAAAAACUGCAAAGAAAUGUAAGUUGGAAAGAUAACGAAAUCUUUAACGAUAAAUAAUAAGAAUUCAUUAUAGAUAGAUGAUAUAUAAGAUUCCAAACGGAGCCUCGCUGUCACCUGGAUGUAGCUUUUGUGUAUUCUUUUAGCCUCAGAGUAUUUUAAGUUCACAUGUUUCAAAUGCUUUUAUCAUCGUGUGCUUGAUUGUUUGGUUUUAUGGGUUCCCCACAGGCUACGCACAUUUUCUCUUCUCUGUCUUCGGUGUGCCCUCUUUCCCUUUGAUGCCUCUUCAUAAAAGCCUCUUUCACCCUUUCUACCUUGAAGUGCUGUGUUUCCAGUCCCCACUCUGCUGCACUAUGUUUAUAACAAAAAAACAAAAAAACAUGCAGCUUUAAGCUUAAGGACUGGUUUAAAACAGAUAUGCUGCUUAUUGAUUCUUUACAGCUGGAAAUGACCUUAAUGACAUGUACGGCUGGAAAAAAAAAAAUGCACUGCACACAUUCAUUUCCAUACCUAACCUGGUCAUGUACUGUAUAACUGAUACAACAACGUGUCGGUCACUCCCAGACCUGAGGUAAAAUGGACACAGAUGUUACCCAGAUUAAUAUAAUUCCACUGUUCUCCUGUUGCUCCUGUGUAAAGGCUGUUUGAGAGUGUAUGUAAUUAAAACCCAUCACCGAA